AAUGGUUAUAAUGGGAAUUGUAUUGGUUUUAAUGGAAACUAUAAUGGUCCUUGUGGGUCUCUACUGGUAAUGUGUUCUAUUGGGUUCAACUGGUGGAAUGUUUAUGUCUAGUGGAAACCGAUACAAACCACUAAAUCCUAAUAGAAUAUGGCCUAAAACCUACUAUAUUUGUUAGUGGUUUUAAUGGUAUUUGUAGUGGAAACCAUUAGAAUGUCGGUAAUAGUUUCUAUUGUUUUUGCGAUGGAAUUAUACAGUUUUGGGUGUACUUAAUUAUAAUUAUAUGGUAUUUAUAACAUUUAUAAGCAGUAAUAUCAUACUAUCAUAUUAAUAGUAGUUUUUUUUUUUUGCUAGUAAAGAUAUUGUAAUUGACAGUGUUGUGUAUAUUCGUAUGUUUGCUUGUUUAAAUAAUUCGAUUUUAUUUGUAUUGGGCUUUUCAAACGUUUUUGGAGGGUCCAAAUCUUUAGGAAAUCCGGGUUGGACCAUUCACAAGCGCACUGGACAUCUUUACAUAUGUCCCAUGUCUUCCAACACACACCCUACACCUUAAUUAAAUCAUUCGGUUCUAUCCGCUUGUGUUUGAGGCCGUGAGAAAUAGGCACGUGAGGAAGCUGUGUGUAUCUGACUUCGCUCCUUAUCGGUUUGUUACAUGUAUUAGAUUUCCUCUUGUUCUCACACUCCAUGUGCAUUGUACACACUGGAGCCAAGCAUUAAUUCAGUAUUGGAUGGUUCGGUCGCACGCGAGGAUCCAGCAAGGUGCUGUGAACAACUAGCAGAUGUCCAGCUGGGUCAUAGUGCCUGAAUCCUGAGACGAACAUUACGAUCUAAACUGAGUAGCUAAGUUCGUGCAAUUGAGAGCAGUUUUGUUGGGGGUGGGGGCUAGUGAGUAUUAUUAUAAGGUCAUUAGAAACUGCUAAAACAGUCCCGCUGAGCGAGACCAGUGCACACAUCUACACUGCAGGAUUUAGUCAGUGUGACCCUCUGGCAUUAUUAAUGUACAGCCGCUGGGGUGUGUGUGUGUACGUGCAUGUGCGCGCACGUAUAGACAGUGAAUUUCCAAUUCUGGGGUUUAAAACUAUACAUCAUGUUUUGCACACUCUUUUGUGCUUGUAGUUUGUUUCAUGUUUAACCCCAGAUAUGUUUUCUGCAUGAUGAGGUUUUCUUCAUGACACUGAUGAUGAUGUAGAAAACAUGUCUGGGGUUAAACAUGAAACAAACAUUACAAUGUUAAACAUAGUUAUGUGAGGAUUUGACUCGAUAUAAUGCUCAAAAUCACUGCAGUGUUUUCUCUUCUCUGGUAGCUCUGACAAAUCAACUGUUAGAACAGGAAGCGCCAUGACAAGCCCAUCACUGUUUUCUUUCUUUCUUGCUUGCUUACAUACAUGUUUUCCUUCUUGUUUUCUUCCUUUGUUUAUUUUUCUUUUUCUUUCUUGCUUGCUUGCGUUCAUUUCUUUUCUCUUCCUUCCUUCCUUCUUGUUUGGUUCCAUGCUUUCCUUCUUGUUUUCUUGUUUUUCUUCCUUUCUUUCUUGCUUACACCCAUGCUUUGCUUCUUGUUUUCUUACUUGUUUAUUUUCUUUCUUGCUUGUUUUCUUUUCUCUUCCUUCCUUCCUUCCUUCUUGUAUUCUUCUUCUUUGCUUGGUUCUUUCUUUCUUUAUUCUUGCUUGCUUGUUUCCUUCCUUCUUGUUUAGAUCCAUGCUUUCCUUCUUGUUUUCUUGUUUUUAUUUUCUCUCCUUUCCUUCCUUCCUUCCUUCUUGUUUGUUUUCUUCCUUAUUUGCUUUUUUUUUUUUCUUGUUUUCUUUCUUGCUUACACCCAUGCUUUCCUUCUUGUUUUCUUGUUUGUUUUCUUGCUUGAUUUUUUUUCUUUCUGGAUUACACCUAAUGCUUUCCUUCUUGUUUUCUUGUUUGUUUUUCUUCCUUCCACCUUCAUUCUUGUUUGGUUCCAUGCUUUCCUUCUUGUUUUCUUGCUGGUUUUCGUCCUUUUCUUAUUUCUUUCUUUCUUUCUUUCUUAUAGUACGUCUUUAGUAACUUUAAUAAUUUAAUAGAGGAUAUAGAGCAGCAUUUAAAGUCAUUUAAGGCACGUGUAAUUGCCCCACUGUUGUGCUUUUUGAGGGUAUAUGUACAUUUUUGGUACAUUUGGGGAACUAAAGCCUAAAGUGUGAGCGGUGUUUUGAUGAAUAUCCAAAUUUCAAUGACAGCCACAGAAGACACGCCCUAUUUAUUUGGUGUAACACUAUAGUCCAGUAAUCCUUCCUUACUGUUUAGGGGAGAAGUGUGCGAUUGAGGACGCAGCCAUAGUGUUCACGGAGUCUGAAACUCUUUCCAAAGUCGCUCCUGUGCACUAGGACCCUGCGGCGGGUCGCGCGUGCGUGGAGGAAAGGGAAAGGGAAAGGGGAAGGGGAAAGGGGGCGCGCGCGCGCGCUCAGGGCAGUAAGUGAGCUGCGACAGGGUGGCGGAGGAAAAGCGCUACAGGGGUAUUAAGGGGAGUUAAGAUCGACCCGGAGUACCGUUACUCAAGAGCUACACGCUAUGAAGAUUGCACGGACAGUGCGCGAGCGGAGGCUGGAGGGAAACUCAGGCUGCACGCGCACUUACGGGACUUAGCAAGCGCGAUUUAUUUUUAUUUUUUUUUGUGAAUUAACCAAACAAAUGCGGGACCAAGUUCUGCGAAAUCAGGACUCGUGGCUGCUUUCAAACCCGGAGGAACUUUUUAAGUCUUGUCAUCACUUUUGACUUGGACUCGCGCGCGCCGGAGUAGCACUUUUUUCUUUCCUCCAGCUUGAUCUCGUGCCUCACAGCGGAUGCAGAACAUCUUGUGGAAGAUAUUUUGCGCUUGGACAUGACGGAUAAUCGCGCUGCGUUUUCAUGACUCGCGCACUUAGCUGCACGCACUCGGACGCACGAAGGAUUUUCUCACUCAGUGAUGGAGAGACGCGGCCGUUCAAGCUGAGGCGCGCGCAAGUGUCAAAUCAUUGCAGAGGAUAAGCAGCAAGCGCAAACGUUUGAGCAGUGCAGCAGCGCUUUAAUCCUCUGAUCGGACUUGCCGACUUGCUGUAUUUGAAGUGAUUUCACGUGAAAAGGUUCGCGCUGAUGACAUGGGCUGACUUCGUGUCACCGAAAAGGGACCGACGAUGUUGCGACGCAGCGCGCGCGCCUCGUUCCGCGGCCGGCCACUGCUCGUGCUCCUCCUGCUGCUGCUGUUGCUGCUGGGAUUUGCGCGAGCCUGUCGCGAGCUUCUCUCCAGCGGCUGCAGCUGCACGGACGAGCGCGUCAAGGGCCACACGGCGCAGGCGGGCGCGCGCAAACGAGUGAACUGCGCCGGCAAGGAGCUGACGGACACGCCGGAAGCUAGCCUGAUGCCCAACCGGACCAUUUCUUUAAACCUAAGCAACAACCGCAUCCGAGUUCUAAGAAAUGGCUCCUUCGCUGGCUUGUACUUGCUGGACAAAAUCGACCUGAAGAAUAAUCUGAUCAGCACCAUCGUGCCUGGAGCUUUUCAGAGUCUGACCGCAUUGAGAAAACUUGACCUGUCCAACAACCGGAUCGGCUGCCUGACUCCAGAUAUGUUCCAGGGACUCACCAACCUCACCAAACUGAACAUUUCGGGAAACAUCUUCUCUUCACUGGAGCCGAACAUCUUCCAGGAGCUUCCCUCGCUGAAGCUGGUUAACUUUGACUCGGAGUUCCUGUCAUGUGACUGUGGUCUGCAAUGGGUGCCGGAUUUCUUUCGCACAAGUUCAGCCAGACUCGGAGAUGAGACGCUCUGCACGUAUCCCAGAAGGUUCCAGAACAGACCACUGCGAGAACUGAAGGAGAUCGACCUGACCUGUGAAGGCCCCUUGGAGCUGCACACUCUGUUUCUGUUACCCUCACUGCGCCAAGUAGUGUUUAAAGGAGACAGGCUGCCGUUCCACUGUACUGCUGCCCGGGUGGACAAAAUCACCGCCGUACACUGGCGCCACAAAGGCCAAAUUGUCAGUAACAACCCUGAGAAUGGAGUUCUUCUAGAGGAGAGCGUUCUACACGACUGCACUGUCAUCACUAGCGAGCUGAUCUUGUCGAACGUGCAUGUCGAUGCGAGCGGCGAGUGGGAGUGUGUGGUGACGACAGGACGAGGGAACGUCUCGCGCAGUGUAGAGAUCGUGGUUCUGGAAAACAGUGCCACCUUCUGCCCUGAGCAAAGAGUGUCCAAUAAUAGAGGGGAGUUCAGGUGGCCAAGAACUCUGGCUGGAAUUACUUCAUAUCAGUACUGCCUGCAGCUGCGUUAUCCGUCCCUGUCUGGAGGGGGCGCUGUUGAUCAGAAGAGGGCGUCUCGUUACUGUGAUCGCUCUGGUCGCUGGGAGGAAGGAGACUACUCUCAGUGCCUCUACACCAAUGACAUCACCAAUGUCCUUCAUACGUUCAUACUGAUGCCCAUCAAUUCCUCCAAUGCUGUGACGUUGGCACACCAGGUGAGGACAUACACGUUGGAGGCAGCAGGCUUCACGGACACGGUGGAUGUUUUCUAUGUGGCACAGAUGAUGGAUAAAUUCAUGGACUAUCUUGAUCAUUCACGUGAGCUGUCAGAAGUACUGGUGGAGAUGGGCAGUAACCUGAUGCAAGUGGAUGAUCAGAUCUUGUCCCUGGCUCAGAAGGAGAAAAGAGCAUGCAGCUCUAUAGUCUGCUCACUAGAGACCUUAGCAUGGCCACAGCUUCACCCGAAUGCCCAGUAUCUCUCCAUGAUAUCUCGGAACAUCGUGAUGGAAGCUCACUUGAUACGCCCCGCCCACUUCACUGGCAUGACCUGCACCACCUAUGAAAGACGAGAGAGCUCUGGUGCCAGUGGAUUCGACGCGAUAGACUCCACCCACGAGCAGCAGUUACACUUCCGUUGUACAACAGGAACCCUUAACAUGUCACUCAACGCUUUCCCUUUAAAGAAUGCUGUAGCACUUGCUUCGGUCUCUCUCCCUCCAUCCCUGUUCCCUCCCAAUGCUCCUACGGACUGUAAACUGCAGUUUGUGGCUUUCCGUACUGGAAGAUUCUUCCCGUUUAUUGGAAACUCCAGCAGCGCAGCUCGCCGGCGGAGCGUGAACACACCAGUCAUCUACGUAGGCCUUGAUGGAUGCACCAUGUGGAACCAGUCAGCUCCAAUCACUGUGUCGCUGCGACACACAUCACCUGGUAACGAUCCAGUGGCUGCACAUUGGAGUCUGCAUUCGCUCAAGCAUCAUGGGAGUUGGAGUACAGACGGCUGUCAGUUAACGCACAGUGACGCUAGCAUGUCAAUGCUACGGUGCACCGUACUCAGUAACUACGCCGUGCUCCAGGAGGUGCCUGAUUUCCCGGGUCUGACUCCUGCUCCUGUGGAAGUGCUCCACCCGGUGGUGUACACCUGCACUGCAGCUCUCCUCCUGUGCCUCUUCACCAUCAUCUUUACAUACAUACUACACCACAGCUCUAUUCGAAUUACUAGGAAAAGCUGGCACACCCUCCUCAACACCUGUUUUCACAUUGCCAUGACGACGGCGGUGUUUGCUGGGGGCAUCACUCUAACUAGCCACCCAAUUGCGUGCCAAGCGGUGGGCAUUGUGCUCCACUAUUCUUCAUUGUCCACUCUGUUGUGGAUCGGUGUCAGCGCGCGGGUGCUCUAUAAGGAGGCCAUGUGGCGGUCUCCACAGCAACCAGAGGGCGAAGCUACAGUAGUACCCACUCAGCGGCCCAUGCUCAGGUUUUAUUUGAUAGCCGGCGGCGUUCCUCUCAUCAUAUGCGGGAUCACUGCAGCUGUCAACAUUAACAACUACGGGGACAACAUUCCUUACUGUUGGUUGGUAUGGCAGCCCAGUAUUGGAGCUUUCUAUGUUCCUGCUGGCCUGGUGAUCCUGGUGACCUGGCUCUACUUCCUGUGUACCAUUGCACGCUUGAGAUGCCGAACGUCCCAGAGUGCCAAGGAACCUCCAUGCUCCUCCUCUGGAUCCUCUCCCUUACCUGAAGCCCAGCCAGCUCUGAAUGGCAGCACUAGCUUACUUUCAACGGACUCUGCAGUCGGCACGGUGCAUGCUGGAACGGUACAGGAGGACCAGUACUCGCUGAAAGUGCAGUUCUUGGUACUGGUGGUGACUCAGUUUGUGUUUUUGCUUCUGUGGUGUUGCGGUGCGAUGGCUAUGUGGCACAUGGACAGAGAGAGGAAGUUGUUCAGCUGCCUGUAUGGAGGAACGGCGACAGGGCUGGGAAUCUUCUUGGUGCUCCAUCACUGCUUCAAACGCUUGGAUGUUCAGGCAGCUUGGCUUGGAUGUUGCCGAGGAUACCAUCGCUCACAGCCGAUUCCAGCCUACAGCCAACCCUGCACCGCCACCGCCGGAGUCCAGAGCACUUCUGAACGGGGCUCGCAACUUUUUAUUGGCUCUCUUCCUCCAGCAGAGCAAAGCAACUACUCUUCUUCUGCCAGAUCAUCCUCCACUCCGAGUGGCACCAGCAGUAUCGGCACUGGACCCUGCAAGCUUACCAACCUUUUGCAGGUGACACAGGACAAUGCCAACAAUGCUACACGUGCUCUGGCAGGCACCAACACCAGCACCAGCACGGAGAACAACACCAACAGCAAACCUGCCAACAACCUGCUGCUGCCCAGUAUUAGCACCACGCUACCUGUUCAGCAGCAACAGCGAAAAAAGACUACUAGUAGAAAUAAGGCAGGAAGUGGCCAGUACCACCACCGGGGGGAGGGAAGGGGACAUUAUCGUCUGAAAGCACUACGAGGGGGUGGGGGCAGUGUAGGUGCCUUGGGCCCACCUGGGGUGGACCAAGUCAACAUUCAUCAAGUUCACAGAUAUGCAUCCAGUGAGAAUGGAAGUCUUCGAAACAGCCAUUCGGAGAGCCAUAAUGGUCCACUGACCAAUGGGAGACACCGUGGAGAAGGACCAGGAACAAGUCCUUCAGAAGGAAGCGAUGGAGGAAGCAGCGGAAGCAGGAAGCCUUUCCCACUUUUGCCCUCUAUAGCAAGUCGGGUUGCAAUGCAGCAGAAUGGACAGAGGCGCAGUGCAAGCAGGGACAACCUUAAAUUGGUCACUGCAGCUGAUAAAGACUUUAAACGAGGUUCCUAUCUGUUGAACACUGACACCAUAACAGUUACCGGAACUGCAAGUGGCACAACCUCAUCAACGCUACCUGCCACAACGAAUGGAAUGCUAAAAGGUUCAGCGAUCGAACUGGACGCAAGUGGAUCGGACCAUUCCCAGGGGUCAGUUGGGAUGAGGCCUGGGGUUUGGAAGAGUGAGACGACGGUGUGAUGGCAACGUAAAUGAACUCUAGCUAAAUCGGCUAGCAUUCUGUGUUUAGGGAAGAACACGGUGAGCAUCAAGAGCCUCACUGCCUCAAUCCCAAUCGAAACGUGUGCUUUCCUCCAGGAUUAGCCUCCCUGACAUUUUAUUUUCAACAAUGUUCAAUGAGCUUCAAACAAUUUGCACCUUCCAGAAACAUCCCAGACCAUUUGCCAGAUAACUACUCAAGUAUUUGUUGAGGUUUUAUGAGGGAUCCUGUACGUUGUGGUGCCAAAUAAAGCAGGGGGGGGGGGCUUGUUCUUUGGGCCUUGUUGUAUUGUUUUAAUUGUUUAAAAAAAAUGAAGGGAUAUACGUAUAUGCAAAAACUGAACCCUUUCCAAAUCAGUAUUUUUCAUCAUGAAAUAGUGCCACAGUAUUUGUUUCUCUGUGAUAUGCUUGUUGUUUAGGAUAUAUCUAACAUGAGAUUUAAAAGCUAUUGCUAAAAAGUGAACACCUUACGGGAUCUGUAAGCUUAAACUUUUUAUCCAUUUUGAUCUAUGCAUACCGGUGGAAAUGGACCACAAACUGCAUUCCGAGUUCAUUUUGCAUUUGUUUGCUUGUUCAACCUUUUUUUUUUUUUUAUAUACUUAAUGUGUUUGUCGUGCUUUGUGUCUGCUGGUUAUUUGGUGAACGUGCACAUGUGAUCAUGAGAGAUGUAUAUGUCAGAAUGUAUGUAUGUAUGUAUGUAUGUAAGAAUGUAUGGAUGUAUUAAUUGACUCUUACAGUUAGUAUUUAGCUCUAUUCCCUUUCCAGCACUGAUAAAUACCUCUUGGCCUUACCUAAUUGUCCCAGUAUUAAGGACUUGCAGUGAGUUCGCUUCCUCUCCAUGUUUUAUUUGUGGAAUACGUAUUGGCACUGGGGGAUGCUGGUCUUUUUCUGCGAAUGCAGGAAAUAACUCAAGUCUGUGUGUUAUUACUGUCCCUCUUCUGUGUCAAAGGCCAAGAUUCUAAUGAAAAACACAGGUCUAGACUGCCCUCUAGCGGAUCACUCAUGCCAUUUAUCAAAUGCACUGCCAAACCAAACAUACCACCAAGUGAUAAAGGCUAUAAAUAGUGAUUUCAUUAUUGUUGUAUAGAAAGAAAUAUAGGUGGAGAAGAAUAUUUUUUUUUUAAUGCAAUCAUGUCUAACAUGGUUUUCCCGUAGCACUUGGAAAAAGUCCACCCUUACUUACACCUAAAUAUAGCACAAACAAUGUAUUAGCAGAUUCAGGGUAUUUUUCUAUUCUUUUUCUUUUUCCUUUUCUUUCUUGUAGUCCUCACUGAUUUUUCUUUCUUUCUGUUGUACUGACAUUUUGUUCACUGCUAAAAUCUCCCUAGUUCCCUCCCGAGUCACUUCAAAUUCAAACAGCCAUCAAGCAAUACCAUGUAGCAGUGUAACGUAGUGUAUAGUACUGUCUAAAUGAGAGCACUUAGAACCAACUGAAGCCAACGUUUAAAAAAAAAAGAAGAAAAGAAAUAGUACCCCUGGUCUCAAAGGGGGAAAACAGUGUUAGUCACAAGACAAUCAUUUCUAUCAUUCAAGUCCUGCAUUAUGCUAAGAAGUAGCUGUUCUUAUUUAUAACAUCAUAUGCAAUUUCAUCUUAUCGACAGGGUGCCGUUUUUAGUUAGUUAGUUAGAUUGUUUGUUUGCUUGUUUUUCACUUCAUAUCUUGAAUCUGUCCGAGUAAAAUUCGCCAGCUCUACUUUUAACACGUUUUCAGGGAUGAUUGACACCAAAGAAGCUUCUUUAAACAUCUUGUUACAGUAUUUGUUACAGCAAGUUUUCUCUCUUCAGACAUCACAAAUUUCCCAAAAGUGUCACAAAUUUGGCAGGCAGUUAUUAAAAGUUUUGUAAUAGCAAUAUUUAUUAUAGCGUACGUCACAAAUAAGAUGUGCUUUUGUUUUAUUGCAUGUUGGACUCCAGUGAAUUUUAUUAGUGACAUGAUGGUGUGUAAAGGGUGAAUAAUCCUUUUAAAAACAGACAUGACUUACUGAGAUUUUUUUUUUUUUUUUUUUUUUAAAUCACCGAACGACUGCAUUAGUUCCAUGGUGUCCAAAUUGAAGUUGAAUGGAAGUGUGAAGUUUAAAGGUGUGUAAAGCUAAUUAUACAAUUAUAAAAUUGUUUUUAAAUGAUGUAUGGACUUGUUUGUGCGCUACGGUUUAACAAGCCAUGUGAUUUUUUUUUUUUUUUUUCCUGUCCCUAUGCAUGAAGUUUUUGGUCAGUAAAAAUUCAGUAGGGUAUUUAUCUAAUAAUGAUUGUUUCUACUGUCAUCUCGAGUUUUUAAAGGGAUAUUUCAUGUUUCGUGUGUAUUUAUAUGUCACUUUGCAUCAAUAUGAAAAUUCUUUUUCAGUUCCAGUAAAAUAUUUGCUGUUUGUGCCUUAUAAAAAUUUCUGAUGCAAAAUAAAGACUUUUUUAAAUGAUUUGGUGGUUUCUUUUCAUUAUUGGGCCUUUUAAGACGUGAAAAUGUAUGCCACAGAUGGAAACCUCUGAAUUAAGAUAGACAGUUUGCAUUCGAUCAGCGGUGCAUGAUCUGCCAAUCGCGCCGCACUUCAUUUGUAUAAUUUUACAUCAUCAUUGCAGUUUUUUUUUUUUUUACUAGGCUAUAGUGCGAGGGUGAGUCAAAUGAAAACCUUAAAAAUGUGACAUACUGUACAGUCCCCUCCUAAACUACUGGAACGGCAAGGCCAAUUUAUUUGUUUGCGUUAAAUAAUGUCAAAGACAUUUGGGUUUGAGAUCAAAAGAUUGAGAUUUCAGCUUUUAUUUCCUGGUAUUUAUGUCUAGAUGUGUUAAACAACUGUGUAGGGGUUUCUUGUUACCCAAGUGUGUCCUGUUAGAUUGAUUGUUUAAACAAUAAAUAGCUCUGAACAUCUACUCUUGGUUUUAGCCUUCCGUUUCACCUGUGGAGACUGAAUUUGCUGUUAAAAAGGAUAAGCCAACAUGAAGCUCAGAGAGCUGUCUAUGGGAGAAAAGCAAGCCAUUUUCAAGCUGAGAAAAGAGGGAAAAAUCAAUCUGAGGCAUUGCACAAACGGUAUAUUAAACUUGCAGUUGCGAAAGGAGAACCGUACUACUGGUCGAUUGUUCUCUAUUGCCAGUUUUACUGUUACCUUAAACCCGAUACACUUUUGUGAUGCCUAUUUGCAAUAAACAAAGCAAAUUUGAAUAUGAAGGUUUUCAUUUGACUCACCCU